CGUUAUGCCGCAAGCAGCACAGAUGGCGCAUAAGUAGCCUUGUCAAGUCAAGAAAGCACGUUUUGAUUUGAUAUUUUUUAAGAUAUAAGAAAAGUUCCACUUUUGCCGGCUACAUUCCUAUUUAAAAAUGAACAAUAUACUAAAAAUUACAUUAAGAUUGAAUGGACUGAGAUCGUUGUUAAAUCCAAUUAGAAACGGAGCACUUUCUUCAACAAACCAGCAAAGACAAUUUGCGAGAAAUAUUUGGUAUAUGAGCAACACCCAAAAUGAUUUCAUUAAAGAAGUAGAACACAGUCAGUUAUGCAGUUGCGGCUGUGGUAGCAAAAGAGGUGCCCAUACUAAAGCUGAAAAGGAGCUUGUGGAAUUUCUAACAGAAGAAAUUUUGGCUGAAAGAAAGGCCCAAAAAGUUAAAACUAUUCCUGCAGAAAUAAGUGGUUUCAAAGCAAAUCUAAAUGGAGCUGAAGUUACAUUAUCUAAAGUAGUUGGUGAUGAAACAAUCAAGAUAAUUUUUAAUGUCAAUCACAGUGUGGACAGUGAUGUUGAACCUGAAGUGGGCGAAAAUAUGGAUAAACCAGAGCUUGGUGAAUUAAAGUCCAAACCAUCAUUUAAAAUAGAAUUAUUAAGAGGACAAACUACAAUAAGUCUGCUGUGUUCAUUUGUUGGAACUAAUGAACAAGAAGAAGGAUAUAAUGAUGUAUUUGGCAUCGAUGAAAUUAGUAUUUAUGAUGGAGAGUGGAAUGAAAAUGUAUAUUCAGUGUCUGGAGAAGUUUUGGAUUCGUAUUUAUAUGAUCUUCUAUUGAAUUACUUGGAAGAAAAAGGAAUCUCGAAUGAAUUUGUAGAAAAAUUAUCAAACUUUAGUACAUCCUAUGAACACAGUGCAUACAUUGGACUUCUGGAAGGGCUGUCUAAAUUUGUUGCUGGAAAGUAGAUACCAAAUGAGUAAAAGUAUUUCGUUCAUAUUUGUUAAGUAAUGCGUUUUUAAUAAAUAAUUAAGAAUAUAA